GUUCAUUUAUAUUUUUUUUGGAUGGUUCAUAAUUCUAGUGGUUAAUUAAUUAAAGAGUUCAAUCUCUUUCAGAAAAUAGAUAUGACUAAAGUAAAUGAAAGGGUGACCACACGUAUCAAUCAACUGGUGUCAUCUUUAACUCCCAUACACCCGGAAAGAUGCAUCUUCAAAGUUCCCCAUCAAUUGCGGCAUGGAAAAGAGGAAUUCUACGAGCCAAAGGUGAUCUCCAUCGGCCCUUAUCACCGAGGAAAUCCUUGUCUAGCUUCUAUGGAAGAGCACAAGAUUCGUUACCUUCAAAGUCUUCUCCGUAGAACGGGCAACCGUAGUGUGGACCGCUUGGUCCAAGCCGUCGUGCCGCAUGUAGAGAAAGUGAGAAAAUGUUACGCCGAGCUCAAGAGUACAGACUAUAUUUCGAGUGAGGAACUAGUUCAAACGCUUGUGUUGGACGGAUGCUUCAUUAUCGAGCUCAUGUUUAGGUGUCAAUACGUUAAUAAUGAUGACCCAGUGUUGAACUCCAUGGUCUUGAUAGCGUUGGGGAAAGACAUGAUAUUAAUUGAGAACCAGAUUCCAUUUUUCAUCCUCGAAAACUUGUUUAAUACUAUUAAUCAUGGUCAUGGUCAUGAUCACUCUUUGGGUAAUGAGCUCAAACGUCAAAUAUUAGUCUUCUUUUAUCCUAGGCUUAAAAAUUAUUCAUUGACGCUCCAAGACGUUGAACAAUUAAUUAUCCCAGAAGUAUGUCAUUUGUUGGACAUUAUCCACAAGGCUAUAUGCUUCAGAUUCCAUGAAAACUCUCGGACUACUACAUCUUCACAAAUUGAAAGGGAGUUUGUGAACUCGGCCACAAAACUCAAGGAAGCCAGUGUUUGGUUGAAUGCGUCUUCAUCAACAGAAAAUAGAAGCAUGUUUGACAUAACAUUUACAAAAGGAAAGUUGAACAUACCAACUUUGGGUUUAGAUGAUGGCUCUGAGAUUGAGAUUCGAAACUUCAUUGCUUUAGAGCUGUAUCAGCAAAGCCACAUGCAAAGAUUCUGGUGUGAUUACGUGAUCUUCAUGGAUCAUCUAAUUGCCUCAUCCAAUGACGUGGACUUACUCACACAUCGCGGCAUCUUCAAUAAUCGCAUGAUAGAUACCAACUCCGUAGAUAAUAUGUUUAAGAAUUUAACAAGGAAUAUCAUAACAUCACAUCCUUAUACUUAUUCUGAAAUUUCUAAAGAGUUGAAUGACUAUUGUGACCGUCCUUGGAACAAAUGGAGAGCAACCCUCAAGCAUAACUACUUCAACACCCCAUGGACAAUCAUAUCUCUUAUUGCGGCUUUGGCUCUACUCUCCUUAACUUCCAUACAAACAGUGUUUUCCAUCAUUUCUUAGAUUAUCUUCAUAUCUCAAGUGAUUAUUAUGUUUGAUGUACUUAUAUUUUGUAAUAUCUUAUUUAGUGUGAGUUAUGGAUUCAUUUUAAUAAAGAGAAGAUACUUUUAAAAAAAAUAACAUAUCAUAUAUCAUGUACACGAA